UUUCUUGGAACUAUUGAAUGAAUAAUCGACCCUGUGUGUCACAUGAUAUUCGACUACUGGCAGGGGUCAAGUAUGGCACGUCAUUUCUGAUUGUACAGUGAAGUCGAUCGAAGCUGCGUUGUGUGGUUACAAUCAAACAAGACCAAUUUUCUAAUGUUUUCAUAUAUUAAUCUAAGAUGUUCAGGCCGUACUUGGCUAUUAUCUUGCCUGUCUUUCUUAGCUCAUUCGCAUGUGUUAUAACUUUGGAAGUUUCUCGCUUUGAACAAGAUGUAAUUGACUAUGGGUUAAGGAACUGUUCAGUUUGCACCAAGUACAAAGCUCGUUGCACAUCAGACGAACAAUCGUGUCAGUGUACUAAGCCUUAUUCGACAUUUCUUGUGUAUAACAGAACAUGCGUGUCUAGUGUCGGCCUUGUAGAAGAUAAUAACUGUUUGAGUCGAAGCGAUGGUCGAGAUGACAUUUUAACGUUAGUGGAUAUCUCCACUCCUUCGCAAAGUAGAGCUCUUUUCAACCUUCCUCGUGAUUCUGUCGACUGUACCCCAGUGAACGCCGGAUUUUAUUACCUUCAAAGGAAUGGUACCUGGAGAUCUCAUAGACUGGGUCAAAGUCACAAGAUAUUUUCGACGACCCACGGCCAUCUAAGCAGUCCUAAUAUUCUAACAUUAAAAAUAAGCGGUAACGCUGAUUUGAUAAGAUUUGCUGGUAGAAUUAUUCGGGUGGAUUUGAAUUGCGAAUUUGGAAGUUCAGCCAGGAAAGCAAGCUGUAUAUUGCUAAAGGCAAAAGGAAACAUUUCAGAUGCCAGUCCCUUUUCACCAGCGACCACAGGAAGCCCAAUCACUGUAACCGUUACAGAAAUCAAAAACGCUGGGGAUGAUCUACUAUCAACUGUAUCCAGCAAUAAAGCCAAACACUCUAGAGUCAUGAAGACGACGCCUGGUACAAGCGCUAUUGUGAACGUUAACAGUGUUCUGUCAGCUAAUGACAAAGGGGAUAGUGGCAAAGUCGUUAUCACAGCUAUCGUCACUGUUGGCGYCAUAGUCUGUGUGUUGAUYAUCUGUGUAUCUGCGUGGGUUAUUGUGCGAUAUYAUCGAAGAACAAGGUAAUUCAAAACCUACCAAUGAAAAAUAAUAAUUCCCCCUUAUUUAAMAAA